AUGAGCCGGCCCUCAUCUCCUCAAGUCCUCACCUGCACCACCCCAUCGGGCGUCACUACCAUCACCAUCUGCCGCCCCCAUCGCCGCAACGCUGUUAACCCUUCGACAGCCCGCGACCUCUAUGCUGCUUUCAUUCAAUUUGAAAAUGAUAUUUCCCAGAAAGUCGCCAUCCUCACCGGUUCCGACGGCUUCUUCUGUGCUGGCGCCGAUCUCGUCGACAUUACUGCGCAAAGCCAGCAGGACCCCGCGACAUUAGAUCAUUCGGAUAGAAAUCAUCUGCAGCCGGUUCAGGAUCGCAACUGCGCACCGAUGGGCCCCUCUCGGCUCCGAGUUCAGAAACCCGUCAUUGCCGCAGUCGCUGGCCACGCGGUAGCUGGCGGGUUAGAACUGAGUCUCCUGGCAGACAUACGAGUGGUCGAGGAGGAUGCCAUCUUCGGUGUGUAUUGCCGUCGCUGGGGUGUCCCUUUGAUUGACGGCGGCACUGUCCGACUUCAAGCCAUUGUUGGUCUCGGGAGGGCAUUGGACAUGAUUCUUACCGGCCGUCCUGUCUCUGCCCAGGAAGCCUUGGCCAUGGGCCUAGCAAACAGAGUGGUUCCCAAAGGCAAGGCCAUUCAGGAAGCAACCAAGAUUGCCGAGCAGCUGCUGAAAUUUCCUAAUGCUUGUAUGAACAUGGACAGGAACUCAUGUUACUACGCCGCCUACAACGCCCUGAGCUUGGAGGAUGCUCUGACCUACGAAUUUGACCAUGGUGUCCAGGUUUUGAAGACGGAGAGUUUUCAAGGAGCUGCCAGAUUUGCUGGUGGUCUGGGAAGACACGGGAGAUUUGAUAAAUUAUAA